AUGAUGGUUGAUUUUUCACCGAGUCGACGUAGAAUGGGCACUCAAGAGCUGAGUCUUAAACCGCAGGUUGAGACGCCUGGUAUUAAAUUGCUUGCCGUGAUGUUUUGCAGGUACCAUCUUAUACGACAACUGAAGCAGGUGCAGGCCGCUUCAAGGACACGAUACGCUCACAGCGUCCCGCAAUCGCGGCCAACUUUGAAAGAAAGGCUGGCAGCAUUACAUGAGAAGCAACAACUGUCGCUGCUGCCUCCAGACGCAGUAAAACGAGUAUCCGAAAAUAACCCGGCUGUGCUGAUAGACUGUGAUGCACGGACGCUCCUCCAGCUCUUCUUAGCGGCCCUCCAAACAGACCCGCAGAAAACGACGCUCUCUGAGCUACUGUCUCAGGAGGAAGGCUUUUCUGUGUUCAUCCACAGACUAUUACCCACAUAUACUCCGUCGAGUGACCUGAAACACUUGGUUUCAAAGGAUGGUACGACUGCGCUGUUGCAGAAGCUUUACGGCUUCUACCGUGAGCAGUUUGCCGACGCGCCCAUCGGCCGCCCGAGCCCUGGCCGUCUCCAUGACGCUAACUCUUUUGCGCGCUGGUUCAUGGCAGAGUCCAAGCUUCGUCUUGCCCGCACUGUGUUUGCGGAGCUUGUGGGGAACCCCACAGAGCUCGCUAAGCUGCCCCGCGACACAGAAACGAUUAUAACGUUACUGCAGCUCCACUUAGGCGCAAAGCACAUAUUCUGGCGCGAUCCUGGAAACAGCGUUGGGCGAGGCGGUCAGCUUUUCACGCCAGCACACAUGGCGGUUGUCACUGCUUACAAUUCGCUCGGCGAAGAAACGCUGCUGCGGCUGCUGCGUCUCUUGCAGUCUGACCCGCAAUGGAAAUCAGUGUGUUCACCAGACCUCGACAGAAACAUUAUCCUGGCGCUUGCCUUUCACAACCGCCUCGAUCUUGUGCAUGCCCAAGCUGCUCGGUAUUACGCGCCCGCUGCGCCAGGACAUGGGCUCCCAUCUACGCCUCUUCUUCCAGACGGUGCUCUCGUAGGCGCUGUCGUCACCGCAUUUGCCUUCAAGCACCAGCUUGCGCAGGGGCUUGCAAUCGCAUACCAGUUCCUGGACCGCUUCACGCACCUACCGAAUGAGCACGAACUCUGGAAAAUCAUAUUCACCUGGCUUGCCCGCCGCCAUCCCACAGGUUCUCAGGGCGCGGCGCUAUACGACGAAGCAUGGAGCAAAAUGCGCACGCGAUACGCUGAACACGGCCAGCCUACUCCAUACGACUACAGUAUCGCACGUGCAUCCUAUCGCAUUGUGCGUCGCGACUCCUCGCUGCGGCGCGUCCGAGCGCUGCUCAACGACUACAUGAGCCCUCUCUACCAGCAGCCCGCGGUUGCGCCCCGCGACCGUUUGCUGCUGCUCAAGUGCCAGGCACACAUCGUAGGCCGGCUCGUCCGCGCGCGCCGCAACAGCGCCGCCGCGGACUUCGUAGACCAGUGGGCACUUGACAGCGAGGCGCGUAGCCAUCUGCUCGAGCACAUUGCAGCGCGCGCCAGCUCCCGCACUGACGCAGACGACGAUGACGCCGGCGACGGCCUCUACCUCACCGGCGCACCGCUCUGGUGA